CUCUUCCAUUUAUUCAAUCUCCACCAACGGCUCUUCCUCCAACGCCAUUACCCAGUUUCUUCUUUCUUCUCUAAAUCCCAUUCACACAGUUCUAAAAACUCUAGAAAUCUGCAAAUUCGUAGACGCUUCUGUUCUUCACAAGUCGAUUCUAAAAUCGGUUGAUUCUAAUGGGUUCUUCCAGAAGUUGGCUAAAAUCUCUCAUCAGUCAUAAAAAGUCUCAUCCAGUUACCGAGCAAGAGAAAGUUGGUGAUCGGAGCAAGAAGAAAUGGAGGUUAUGGAGGAGUGUGUCUGAUGGGUAUGGAUCUUCGGGUAAAAUUACGAAGGGGGAAUUUGCUGAAUCGACAGAAUCGCACGAUUCAAAGCUUUUGGCUAACGCUGUGGCUGCCGUGGCUCGAGCUCCGUUGAGGGAUUUCGUGGUCGUGAGGCAACAUUGGGCUGCCGUUCGAAUCCAGACGACCUUUCGUGGCUUCUUGGCAAGACGGGCUCUGAGGGCAUUGAAGGCAGUGGUGAGGAUUCAGGCCAUAUUCCGGGGUCGGCAAGUGAGGAAGCAAGCGGCUGUGACUCUGAGGUGUAUGCAGGCACUUCUACGAGUUCAAGCCAGAGUUAGAGCAAGAUCAGUUACCGCAGACGCUGACCAAGAAGAAGUUGAUCCAAUCAAACAGGCUGAGAAAGGAUGGUGUGACAGUCGGGGAACUGCGGAAGAAGUGAAAAACAAGCAUCAGAUGAGAAGAGAGGGAGCUGCCAAAAGGGAAAGAGCUCUUGCUUAUUCCAUCUUACAACAGAGAUCAAAAUCAUGUGCUAGUCCAAAUAGAGGCACAAGCAAACAAAUGCUCCAACACAGGAAGUAUGACAAGAAUUACAAGCAACAGGAUUGGGGUUGGUUAGACCGGUGGAUGGCGGCCAAAUCAUGGGAAACUGGUUCAUUGGACACUGUCCCGCCAGAAAUGACACCGUUUUCUCGGAGAAGUGAAAAUGUUGGCGGCUACUUUCCAGACAGUGUUCGAACAAGAAAGAACAAUGUCACAACAAGAAUCUCAGCUCAACAACCCUCCUUUUCAUCCAACCAAAUUUCUCGCACUCCAUCUUCCUCAGAGUCUGUAUAUGACGAAUACUCUCCCUCCACGUCAUCAUCGUCCUCGGCACCGGUGGCGGCAGGUGAAGAGGAGGUUGGAAGCAAGCCAAGUUAUAUGUAUCCCACGGUGUCUAUAAAAGCAAAACAGAGAACUUGCGGAGGGGGCAAGAAUUUACCAAUCCCAGUCAGUACGAGGAUGACGACAGUUGAAAAUCGAGAGACGAGCAACAGUACAUGCUCAGAGAGUUCAGGGAGGUUGUUCCGUGAUAUGUAUCAAGAAGUGCCAUUUGGACGGCGAGAUUGGAUGAGAUGCUGAAACAAGACAUUGGUGGCUUGCAGUGUUUGUGAUUUGAAUUUUCCUAUUCUUUCUUUUUUUGAGUUCAACAACUUGUUGUUCUUUUUUUGUGUGGUUUUGUGGGUGGUGUGGUGUGUUUGAUACAUAUACAACUUUUGAUCACAAAGAGGAAGAUGUAUGUAAUAUUGAUACUCUAAUACAUAAUACAAGGAUUCACAUUUUCUUUUUUCAAA